AUGGCGUCUCAAACAUUCAACCCCCAGAAUCCAGCGUUGGAGAGACGUGUAGAGUUCCUGCAGAAAAUGAAGCGAAUCCUUGAAUUCCUGGACUGUGAGACAGCCAGAUUCGACUUCCACGUUGCCGAUAUUCGACCACACCUGGCAUACAUUGGAGACUAUGCGGAGGACAUAACGGGCGACAACCAAGCCGAAGUGAUUCAAGCAGUGUCGGAAUCAAUGGAAGCAGUGCUGAAUAUGCAGGUGUUGUUGGAGGAGAUGACUCGGGCAGUUCGCGAAGCUCGAGUAUUCGUGAAUUUCUCCCUCUCUCCCUCUCUCUCACUCCUCUACCCACGGCUGCUGACCGUUAACAACAUGGCACCUAACGACUGGGAUGGGUCGCUCGAAGUUGGCUUUGAGAGAGUGUUCAGGGCUCUCUCUGACGCAUACGGGGAUCGUGAGCGGUUUGAACGAUGGCUUUUCAAGAAUGUUGAUAUGUCGUGUGACACGCAGGAGUGCAUUCGCAGCCCCGGCGCCUGUGUAUUGGCACCAAACGACUUUUCGUGCGGAAGGUGCUUAGUUGCCGGUCGCCAUUGCCCUUGGCUGGACGCGUUCGACAUCGCCAUGGUUCAGAAGGAACUGAAACUCGGUUACGGACAAGCUUAUGUCUUCUACUACCAACACUUCGCCAAAAGUCGUCUUUACCAAAACCUUCGACCUCCCAAGGAACCUGUCGAACGCAGCGAGCAUGUACCCAAUGUACCCACCCCAGUACAAUGGGAAGCACGCCUCUCUUCGACCAGGACGGAGAUUAGGCUCGCUCAGGCUGAGUUGGGCAGACGCCAGGAGAAGAUAGAGCAACUUGAGGACGAUCUCGCCGAUGUGCGCGACUCCCUAGCGGAAACGUCGGCAAGCUCGGGGAGUGGGGGAACAUCUUCGUCGUUCAGGAAGACAGUCGAGGCCUUCGGAGAGACUUAG